AAUGCAUUUAAUGGAUUAUUCUCUGUUGCUUGGCAUUCAUGAUAUAGAAUUAGAACAACAAUUGCAAAAAGAACGUGUUGCAUCCUCAUCACCAGUAGAUGAUGAAUGUCCGGCUGGACUUGUUGCAGAACUUCAUCAGCAACAAUUGUCCGAUUUGGACUCUGGGGGUGAACAAAUUUCACCUCCUGAGAGUCCAAUACAUUCGGCUGGAGCAUUUACAACAAAUUCGGGAGGGUUAAAUUUGGAUGAUGAAUUUUUUGGCAUUCCGUCAAGCGAAGAAUCUCCUCGAAAACUUGUCUACUUUAUUGGUUUAGUUGACAUUUUGACUUAUUAUGGUGUAAAAAAGCGAACAGAGUCUGCAGCAAAAACGGUUAAAUAUGGUUCUGGAGCAGAAAAUACUUCAACUGUUAAGCCUGAACAAUACGCAAAGCGUUUACUUGAAUUUGUUAACAAAAAUGUUUCUUCACCUUCGCGAUCACACCCAGUUACUUUCCCUAGAGAUACUGCUCCUGUUGAAAGUUAUCCACACCCUUUAUCGAUGGAUCCGAUUGUUUCUGUAACUGCAGAAGCUGGAAAAAUGACAAGUGUUACAAUGUCGAUUGACGAAAAAUUGGCUACAGCAAGCAUUAAAUAA